GGCGCGUCGCGGCUCAUUCUUUCCCCCCUCCCCCCCAAAAUGGCGGCGGAUGGCUGAGCGGGUCCUCGUGGCUUGGAGUGUCUUUUCCCUCGCCGUGCGAGCGCUCGGGUUGCAUUGCUGACAGAAGGGAAGCGGUUGUGAGAACGUACGUAAAAAUAGGAACAAAAAUAAAUGAGAACAAUGCAGAUCACACUGAAGACUCUGCAGCAGCAAACUAUCCAGAUUGACAUAGACUCGGAGCUAACGGUAAAGGCCCUGAAGGAGAAGAUCGAAGCGGAGAAAGGAAAGGACAGCUUCCCUGUGUCUGGUCUGAAGCUCAUCUACGCCGGCAACAUCCUGCAGGAUGACGUUCCCCUCAAGGAUUACAAAAUUGACGAGAACGACUUUGUGGUGGUCAUGGUGUCAAAGGCGAAGGCCCAGAACGCCGAGGCCCCCUCGCCCCCAGAGCUGCCCAAGGCAGUGAUGCAGGAGGCGAGUUCCUGUGCGCCAGUGCCUGCCCACGCAGCGAUCCCCUUCGAGUCCGACAAGGACGCUCCCCCGGAGCGCGCCGCACCCCCCGCCGCGUGCCCGUUCGCCAGCUCAGAGACUAAUGUGGAGGUCCAAGAUGAUGACCCAUCCUCUCUGCUGGUGACGGGACCUAGCUACGAGACCAUGGUGACAGACAUCAUGUCCAUGGGGUACGACAGGGAGUGCGUGGUUGCCGCUCUCAAAGCCAGCUUCAAUAACCCACACCGCGCCGUGGAGUAUCUCCUCUACGGGAUUCCCACCACACCAGUUCAGGAGACCAACCCCUCAGCACAGCCACCUGUCGGCACAAAUGCACCAGUCGCUCAAGGACCGAGUCCCUUGGAGUUCCUGCGCUCUCAGCCCCAGUUCCAGAGGAUGCGACAGGUGAUCCAGCAGAACCCCACACUGCUUUCUACUCUUCUUCAGCAGCUGGGCAGGGACAAUCCUGAGCUCCUGCAGUACAUCAGUCAGCACCAGGAGCUGUUUAUCCAGAUGUUGAAUGAGCCAGCAGGUCCGGAAGGCGAGGAGGAAGAGGAGGAGGGAGGUGCUGCCAACUACAUCCAGGUCACAGCCCAGGAGAAGGAAGCUAUUGAGAGGUUAAAAGCACUGGGGUUUCCUGAGGUGCUCGUCAUUCAGGCAUACUUUGCCUGUGAGAAGAAUGAGAACUUGGCAGCAAACUUCUUACUGAACCAGAUGUUUGAGGACGAAUGAGAUCCAGGCGCUGCUCACCCUCUCUCCCCCAGCUCAAGCACUGCACCCGUUUCACAGAAAAGUUCAUCCUUGUUUCGUCUAAUAUGUUUGGGUAGAAAUGCUAACUACAACCAACAGUAACACCAAAUAAAUAGCUGAGUGAGAGGUGUGUAAGGUGGGUUUUAUCACAAUGAGUGGCUAUGAUGAGGGUUUACAUGCACAUAAAUUCCAGUGGAAUUUCUGCAAACUUUUGUUCAAGUCAAACUGUCAAUGAUGUGCUUGCAUACAUAUGUAUGGAAUAUAGGGACCACCAGGCACAGUUUACAAGAGGGGAGCAGGGGUGUGUGUGUGUGGGUGUGUUGGGAGGGCAUUGGUCUUCUCUACAGGUGAAAGUGAUGUAAAGAAAUGGUGCUGGAGUUGUAGUGAAGGCUGAUGUCCAUACGAAGCAGAACCUGCACCAGGGACACAGGCAGGAUGAAGGAAUAAAAAGAGCAAACAAAGGAACAGGGGGAUGCAAGCAGGUGCUGCUGAUGUGUCGACGGGCUUAGAGCAGCAGGUGUAGGAGUCCAGGGUGCUGGGGAGUUAGAGAUGAAGAUGUGAUGUUGAAAAAGUAAUUUAUCUUCUGUUCCUCUGAGAAGUAUUACACAUCCAGUAUUCCAGUUGUGAGCUUGCUGGUUAAGUGGCAGUCAGUAAACACCACGGGUGGUUUCAUACACAUUUGUUCUUUGUUGGGAAAUCUGGUUGAAGUUAGGUGCAAGUCAAUGUGCGGUUUGUGAAGAACCACAGAGGUUGAGGCAUCCUGUGUGAGGGGGAAAAAAGCUCGGGCUGCAGUGCUGAAGCACAAGAAGUGCACAGCUUUGUGUUCGCUUAUUUCAAACCUGUAACAGGAGACUCACAGUCUGUGCUGUUAGAGGACUGCAAACCUCUUGUUAAUUUAUGGAAGAAUAUGCUGGGUAAAAUAUGGAAACCCAUAAGGUAGCAGAAAAGUAAGACCAUCAUGUUCAGGGAGUGGAUUGUUAUGUAUUUUUGUUCAACACAAUGGCUUGAUGUGUUAUAUUUUUUGAUGUUUGCCAGGCAGGGAUUUAACUGCUCCUUGAGGUUUUUAUAUCCACAGCAAUUACAGUUGUGUGAACUCUUGUUAUAAAUGCUUUCUUGGUUUGUUAAGCUUCAAUAAAUAGAUUUAUCUUUGGUCAUGA